UCGCGGUGGUCUUUGCAUCCCCAUAGGGUCGAAAUAGAGCGCUCCCAUCGAUGGCGUCUGCUGCUCCUUCCUCGUCGUCAUCGGAUGGGCGCGCGACGACGGGGCGGAGGCCGCUGGGGCUGGUGGCGAAUGCGAUAAAGCGGAAGCAUGGCUUCCUGCAUCUCUUUGUCAUGACGGGCAUCCUCAUGCUCAGCAUGCGCUCGCUGGGGCAGAAGUACCGGAUCCGCGACCUCUCCCGCGACAACGAUCUCCUCCGCGAGGAGCACGACGCCCUAUGCCGCCGCACCGCUGCCGUCAAGGACGACCUUCUCCACGAAGCCUCCCUUGACUCCUCCGGCCUCCUCGCCGACCACCUCCGCCGCCUCUUCCGCGAGGACACCGACCACUAGCCCCUCUUUCUUCUCCUUGGCGCCGCUCUCUCCCCUCAGGUCGAUCUCGAUUGUUGUCUCUGUUUGGGUUCCUUCUUAUUUCUUGCGGUUAUCUUUUAGGUUUAUAGUGGUCAAACGACAGCUUUUAAUUUGAUCGGAGCCCCAUCACUCUUUAUGGUUUGUGAUCUUGCAAAGAGAAACUAAUAUCUGUUGAAAUUACUUUGCUUACCCACUGCUAUAUUGGGACGAUAAGGUACUCUUUGAUAUUUAAGUGUGCUAUGUUACGCUUGUUUGAAUUUUCUCUUGAGAGAAAUAAAACAAUGCUGAUAGCUA